UAAGGUUUAAACCAGAAAUGCAGUAGUUUUAGACCUUAAACCCUUAGAGGUAUCAAUUCAUACCAAAGCAAAUAAAAGAAAACAAAAUGGCUAUGGUGCGCGUAGCGAGAGCGGCAGGAUGUUUGGGUUCUAGAUUGUGGCAAACAAGAGGCAAUCAUGCAGCCAUUUCAGAAUCCUUGUCAAGGACAAUCGACGCCACAUUUGAAAGUCACGCUUCUGAGGAUCAGGGAACAUUCGGAUUCGCCAUAAGCCCAUGGGGUUCCGUCGCAAUAGAGCAGGACGAAUGCGAGUACCAGGAUUUGGCUGUGGAAGGAUUUGCUUCAGCGUCUUCAAUGCAACUCAUGGCUGUUCCUAAGAGAAAGGUAACACACUCUAGGAAACGGAUACGAAAUGCACCAAAAGCUCUCAAGCCAGCUCCGUUGAUUAUGAGAUGCAAAAGUUGCGGGCGGGUCAAGUUGCCCCAUUUCUUUUGUUGCACUGGUGAUAAGAUAAAUGAUGGGGAUGAUUCGACCAAGUAAUUAUAUAUUGGGAGAUUAAUCCCAUCCAAGGUUGAUAUGCAUGGCUGUUUCAGAUUGAUAGUUAUUUUAGGCACACUCUUGUGCUUGCAGCUCAAGUAGAUGAAUUUUGAAUGAAGCGUUGUCAGUUCAAGUACUUAGGAGUUGAUGUAUUCAACCAUUUUCCCAAGGACAUCGAGUGGGAAUGUUCAAUUGGUGAUCUCAAUUGUGCUUUAUUAUGCUAUUGUUAACUGCUUGUCUUCAUGAACAUUCAAUUCAGACUUGUUCUUUUUUAUUUUAAAAACAUUGAGAUUUCACAGAA